CAUGUAACCAAUCCCUGAAGAUUAAGCCAGCAAAAAUACUAUGAUUGUUCAGAGGGAAGGUUUCCGUAACAGUGUAACCUUUUAUAUGACUACGAAGGGAUCCAAAAAUGUCGACCAGUAGCACUCUAAGUAACUAUUAUGUGGACUCUAUAAUGGGGCAUGAAGUGGAGGAUGUGUACGGGGCGCGUUUUAUCCAGGGUCCGCACACUACGACCUCAAGGCCAUCAGGUGUUGGGGACAAUGCAGAUUUUUCCUCCUGCAGUUUUGCACCCAAGUCAGCCGUUUUCCCAGGGUCUUGGUCCUCGGUUCACACGCAGUCCACCGCCGCAGUGUCAGGGAUUUACCAUCCUUACGUCCACCAGUCCCACCUCUCCGCAGCAGACAGCAGAUAUGUUCGGUCCUGGAUAGACCCAAUUUCUAACGUUUCUUUCUCCGGCUUUCACUCUAACAGUCGGCAUUAUGGAACCAAGCCCGAAAGUUUACCACCGAAAAGGACUGAGAGUGCCACUUUUGAGACAGAGACUCCGGUGGUCGACCCUGGCCCUGAUUACGCAUGUGGAGUAUCCGAAUGCCCAGAAAAAGUAACCAAAGAGAGCGUUGGCAGUGAUAUGUCGAGUCACAGCGAGCCUAAAGAAGAGAAACAACAACAACAACUUGACCCAAACAACCCUGCAGCAAACUGGAUACAUGCACGUUCAACAAGGAAGAAGCGGUGUCCAUACACAAAAUAUCAGACACUAGAACUGGAAAAAGAAUUCCUCUUCAACAUGUAUUUGACACGAGAUCGACGAUACGAAGUUGCUCGAAUCCUCAAUUUAACUGAAAGGCAGGUCAAAAUCUGGUUCCAGAACAGAAGAAUGAAAAUGAAAAAGAUGAACAGAGAGAGAGGCAGUAAGGAUCACUUAUAACUAGACUGGGUGUAGUCCCUCGCCUUUUGAUGUAUCAUAUUGUUGUGAUUACAUAGAAUACAACGUUGGUUGGAGCUUAAGCUAUGCAUUUUUUGUGUUGAUGUAUCAAAUGGAAAGGUUGACUCAACAUGCCUGGAAAUAUGCUGUCUUUCUUUUUUUUGUUUAAAUCAAAGUAAAUGUUGAGUCUUAAACGAAUUACUCUAUUGAUUAACCCGAGCUCGAGUAUUUAUGCCCAAAAUGAGACCAGGGAAUAUGCUUACGUGUAUAGUUUUCUUAGUCGUGUAGCCUUUUAGAAAAAAAUCGAAUGUUUUAAGAAGCUGCAUUUAUGCUUAUAUUUCGGUGAA